AUGCCUUUGCUGUUCAAGUUGGGCAACGUGUCGAAUCCACUGACUUUGGCCGCUGACAACUUCGACGUCACUUUCCAAAGUUAUUCGACAACACCAGAUGCUGGCCUUGACGACAGCCACAAUGUAGUGCCACCGAUCAUUCAUAACAUCUUCAUUGGCAACAACGCUACGCUACGACCGUCAUGGGAGGUUGCCCGAGCGAGCUGCAGGAAGCAGCAUCCCGGCUACACGUUUGAAUUCUGGGAUGAAGACCGCGCGCAGGACUUUGUUCAACGACAGUUCCCUGCAGUGUGGCCCAUGUGGAGAGACUAUGAGUUCAGCAUUCAGAAGGCUGACAGUUUGCGGUACAUGAUCUUGUACUAUUAUGGGGGCAUCUUCAUGGACAUGGACCUCAACUGCGAACGCCCAUUGACACCGCUCCGUCAAUUCGACUUUAUCGCUGCUGCUGCCCAUCCCGCCGGCGUGUCGAAUGGCUUCAUCAUGGCCAAGCCUCGCCUGCCCUUCCUGGGUCAAGUCAUCCAGCGUCUGGAAGCCUUUGACCUCUCAUGGUUCGGCCUGCCAUAUGCCACCGUCAGCUUCAGCACAGGAUGCCACUUCCUAUCAACAAUGUACGCAACCACGACCCUCCCACGCACGAACCUCCGCGUCCUCCAAGGCCCACCGUCGCAGCCACGCAUGCAUCAGCUCAACGGCAACGCCAGCACCCCGAUCUUUCGCCACCUUGGAUCCUCUUCGUGGCACUCCUGGGACGCCGCCUUCUUCAAAUUAUUCCGACAUCCCUCGCAGGCCGCUGGCGGACUGCUGGCCAACGCGCGCGACGCUAAAUGUGCAACGUUGGGCUUGGUGCCGUUAUUGGGCAUUGUAGGUGCUAUGGUGUUAGUGCUGAAGGUUGUGUACAAGGCUGUGCGGCGGCGGAGACUGUUGGUAGGAAAGCACGGUUUAUCAGGGGGCGACUUGAGAAGGAGUAAGGAAGAUGUGGUUUGA